AUGGUCCUUUGCGCUCGGCCGCAGCGGCAGGAUCAGUGUCGAUGCUUAAGUGACUUGCUUCAAUGCCUCGGCCGUUCGACGGUCUCGAUCUCCGCCAUCACCUAUUUCGUCAAGACUGCCUCGCCUCAGAUCCGACGGCCCUCAAGCUCAUCUCAAGACGCAUCGCUUCCCUCAGCCACACCAUAUCAUUUCUGCUAG